AUGGAAUAUAAGAGAGGUAUGAAACAAAGUGGAUCAGAAAUGAUUCCUACAGAAUUACAGCUGAGUGUGAGAGGGGUUGUUCAUGGAGGAACCAUGCAUCAAAAGUUCAAGGGUGAGCAUUUUUGUGGUAGAGAGUACAACAACGAGCAUGUUACAUCGAGAUACCUUAGCCAAAGAUAUCAAUUUAAGAUUAGAAAUGAUCCUAAGCGUAACUUAAUUGGUUUUCAAAAUGAGGUUAAAAAGGAUUUGAUGGUCAGUGUCACUUCAUCUAAGCUUGCAACCACGAUCCUGAAGUAUAAUCCUAGUAGUACAGUAAAGAUUCAAGUUGACAUACCUGAUACAACAUCUAAAGGUACAUUUGAAAGAAUGUACUUCUGUCUUCAUGCUUGCAAGCAGGGAUUUCUUGACGGAUGUAGACCAAUUAUUGGUCUAGAUGGGUGCAUUUUAAAGAGUGCAUUUGAUGGCCAAUUAUUAUCUGCCUUAGGGAGAGGUGGUAAUGAUAAUAUGGUUCCAAUAGCACUGGCUGUUGUUGAAGUUGAAAGGUAUUAUUUAUGGAGGUGGUUCCUACAGCUUUUACUGGAUGAUUUAGGAUUGGGGAUGGACAAUAUACCUUGGACCUUCAUUUCAGAUCGACAAAAAGGACUUGUUCAAGCUCUUAGAGAGCUUUUUCCUGACUCUGAGCAUAGGUUCUGCACAAGACAUAUGUAUCAAAAUUUCAGCCAAAAAUUCAAAGGAAAAGAGCUGAAGGACUUGUUUUGGGUAUGUGCAGGUGCUGGAAAUGAGGCAGACUGGCAUGUGGCAAUGAAAGACAUGGAAAAAGUUGACUCACAAGCGUCAGCAUGGCUUUCAAAAUUUUCACCAACUCUGUGGACCAGAUUACACUUCAGUGGAAGAAGUAAGUGUGACAUAUUGGUUAACAAUUUAAAUGAGUCAUUUAACAAUUACAUUCUUCCAGCAAGGGAGUUGGCUGUGGUUGGGAUGUUUGAAUGGAUUAGCAGAAGACUAAUGCAACGAUUCCAGGUAAAGAGGACUAGGAUGGAAAAAUUUCAAGGUAAAAUAUGUACAAACAUCCAUGACAAGAUUGAGAAUAAUGUAAGGCUGAGUAGGACAUGUGUUGUUAAAUGGGUUGAUGGCUGGAAAUAUGAAGUUGAUGCUGGUAUUAACAAAACUGUAGUGGUAGACCUACAAGAUUGGACCUGUAUAUGUGAGUUAUUUCAAUUAGCAGGUUAUCCAUGUGUCCAUGCAUGUGCAGCAAUACAAGCACGUAAAAAGCCAAUAGUUGAUUUUGUCCACAAAUGCUACAGCAAAAAGACUUAUUUGAAGACAUAUAGGCAUGUAUUUAUGCCUGUACCAAGUGCAAGGUAUUGGGAGAAGGCCAAUGAAGAGCCAAUUAAUUCUCCAUUGAUAAGAAAGAUGCCUGGAAGGCUAAAGAAGGUGCGAGGGAGAGCACCUGAUGAACCAAAGAAGGGACAAAUAUCAACCAUAAAAGGACUUACUGGGCAUUGUAAAAUAUGCUUCAAACCUGGACACAAUUCAAGAAGUUGCAAGAAUACAAUCCAUCCAAAUUUUACAAGGCCAAUCAAGAGCCUGCUGGUGAAACUUUGGAGCCACAAGAAGCUAACCACUCUGCUGUCUACUGUGAUUGGAGGACCUGUUAAGAAUAUUGCUGGUGGAAGAGUUAGACCUCCAACAGUUGUUGAUCGAUGUGCUGCAUAA